UUGAACUCAAAACCGCGAGAUCAUGACCUGAGCCACAAGUUGGAGGCUUGACCGACUGAGCCACUCAGGCAUCCCUUAAACAUAUGACUUUAAAUGGGUUAUUUCAUGUUAUGUGUAAUUUUAUCUCAUCCUAGAUUAGGUAACGAUGCUUUUUCCCCCCCUGUUGACAUACUCCAAUUUUAUUGUAGAAGUCAAAGAAAAAAGAGGACUUUACAGCUGACAUUGUUGGAAUAUGCAGAUUAUUAAAAGGAGACUGUAAGGAAUUUUGGAACUUGGGUGAAAGUAAUAGUGCAGCUCAUCUCAUUGUUCUGGAAUCUAUUUUAAGGGCACAAGCAGUCGGUAAUUGAAGGUUUCUCCUCCUUUUCCUGAAAAUCCCUUGCUACAAGGUUGUUGGGUUAAAAAAAACAAAAAUGAUGCUAUUCAACAGCUGCUCCUAGCAAUAUGUUCUUGUCUCCAGUUUGCUGAGGGUCUUACCAUGUUCUGUGCAAACAAACAGAUGUACCUGAUCACGAGUGAGAGAACCACCUUGGUUAAGUCCUGGUUAGCAGGCUGAGGGUAUUAAUAAAGUGCUCGUGUGCGACUGUGCGUCCUUUCCUCCAUCUGCAGUGUGGCGGCGACGCAGAUGCAUGCUGGCUUCCCCCGCGCAGCCCCCAUGCUUUGUCCGGAGCCGCGGCUCAUCUUCCAGCCGCACAGCACGCGUCCGCUCCCACUCAUGCCAACACAUCAGCUGACAAAUUGCCUUCUUUCUAAGUCUGCCAGUGUCCUCGGUUGCCUAGAUUGAGAGUAGGCUGCCGACCACCUUGAUGAACAGGAGUACCCGAUGUCCAAAGAAAGGUCAUUAGCGUGGAUGAAAGCAGCUAGAAGCCGAGAAAUGACUUAAACACAUACAGAGACAAAUCCAGAUGGCACGCAAACCAAAAAUUGUUCCCAUGAAAAUAUACUAGCUUUGGAGGGCAGAUUGAAAAUGACGACGUGCACGCCACACCAUGUUAAAUGUAAAUAAGCUUUCUGAGAAGAAAUCCAAAAUGUCUCCUGUGACUGGUCAAGGUGGUGAUGUUCGUAGAUCUCUUUAUUUCCUCCCGAUACUGCACCUUCAGUGCGGCUUGCUGCCCCUGGUGGUGCCCAGCUACAUACUUUUCCACAAGGAGAAUUAGUUUCUAGUUUUGUCUAAAGAGACUAUUUUAGAAGAAUUUUCCCCCAAAGCGACUGAAAGCUUUUAAAACAUAGUUGAGCAUUGAAACUGUUUUAUGAUCUUUGUUACAAUUUUUGACUACUGGAUAGUAAGUAAAAUAUUAAUAACCUUUUCCAGAGUCUACCAGAAAAAAUCCAGUAUGUGAGCAAUCAGUGGUGUCCUUUUAGAAGAAGUUCCAAAAAGGUUCAAUGAGAUUAUGUCUGCUAGAGAAUCGAGGUCAAGGUAAAAGAUACGGCUUCUGGCCUGGCUGUUCCUCACAGCCCUAGGUCAGUCUGGCUCUGCACUUGUGAACUUUGUGUACACAGGUUUCUUUUUCUGAGUAUUUGUAUGCAGCUACACUUUCCCCCCCAAGCAGUCAUUUCUCUUGUUAUUUGCUGCUUUCAGACCACUCAAAUAAGAGAGAUCCUGAUUUGGCCCCAUUUUACAGUCUUGGAGGUGGAACAUUCCUAGGCCUAUGUUGCUUGCUGACUGGUUGUGAGACCUUUGAAGAAGCUCUGGAAAUGGCAGCUAAAGGCGACAGCACCAAUGUUGAUAAGCUGGUGAAGGACAUUUACGGAGGAGACUAUGAACGAUUUGGCCUUCAAGGAUCCGCUGUAGCAUCAAGCUUUGGCAACAUGAUGAGUAAGGAAAAGCGAGAUUCCAUCAGCAAGGAGGACCUUGCCCGAGCCACACUGGUCACCAUCACCAACAACAUUGGCUCCAUCGCUCGGAUGUGUGCGUUGAAUGAGAAUAUUGACAGAGUUGUGUUUGUUGGGAAUUUUCUCAGAAUCAAUAUGAUCUCCAUGAAACUGCUAGCCUAUGCAAUGGAUUUUUGGUCCAAAGGACAGCUAAAAGCUCUAUUUUUGGAACAUGAGGGUUAUUUCGGAGCUGUUGGGGCCCUGCUGGAACUGUUCAAGAUGACUGAGGACCAGUAGCGAUGACAGUGGAUGGAACAGGCUUCUGUGAGAACAGAGACCUGAGACCUGCCGCUGGAGAAGGUAGAUGCCGCUAUGGGAUGGAGGCCAAGCCAUUACGGCAGAUGAACCUGCUGGGUUUGUAAAUAAUUUAAAAUCCUCUAGCCGAUCUUUUACUCUUGGGUUUUGAGCUUAUGAUUCAAAAUGGGGGUACAAGAGUUUUUUCUGGAUACUGUAUUUUUAAAAACACACACACACAUUUGUGCAGAGAGGCCAAACCUACGAAUUUUAUGCAUUAACCUUUAAAAAAUUAACCUCGUAUGAUGUUUGAUAAGGACCUGAAAUGUAAGUGCUGUUACUUGUUCUUCUGGGGUUUACUGAUCAGUAUGGUAAUUUUAACUUCAUUUAGUAAUUACUCUAGGAGAUCUUACCUUUACUUAUAUUCAUCAUGAUGUUUCAUGAUUUGCUGUUGGUUUCAAAUGAAACUACAAAUCUGGCAUGCUUUACUGUGAACACGAUUUUGUUUGUUUGUUUCUUUACCUUUUUUUUUUUUUUUUUUUUUGGUCUUGUUUCUUUUUGUUUGAAUGUCUCACGGAGAAAGAGAGUCCUUCCCUCUGCUUUUUGUCAUCAGAUGACUCCCUCUUCUCUCCAAUACCUUUCUUUAAUGUAACUGUUUGUACCAGCGAAGGGGCUGACCAGCUCAAUAAAAAUGAAGCACGAGAUUGAAAGCUCUCAAAAGUGCCCUUGAUAAAAAAAACUCUGAAAUCGUUCAUGAAUUUUAUGAGUCAGGCGGAAGUGGAAAACAAUCUGCAAUUUGUCUUCACCCUUAUGAAUAUACUAAGUUUUGUUGGAUUUAUUUUAUGUCAGGUUAUAUUAAAUUGGAAUGUUCUCUGAUGAAAUGUCCUCAUUCAUGCCCAGCAUGUGAGUGGCAGCAAAUCCUUAUGCAGGACAUUGGAACUUCCCAGGUAAAGUCUCCCAGUAGCUUAGCUGUUCGCAUCGGGAGAUGGGGGAGAAGUCAUAGGCUGACAUAUCAAGUAAUAACACCUGUUUGUUGUGUACACGUAUGUGCAUAGGAGCUUUGUAACAAGGCAUCUUAAAUAAUAAUUUUUUUGAUUUGAAAUAUUUCAAACUGAAAACUGCAUUUCAAUCUCAGUUUCUAAUAUUAAAAAAAUCAUGAUACUGAUCUCUCUAUACGAAUUUUUUCUUUUUUGAAAGUUGUCAUUGGAACCGAUGGGUAACUUUUAAAUGAGAGUCUUGUACAAAAACUGAAAACGCAUGGGGUCUAAUGACUUAGGACUGAUUAAUCUUUUGAACUGAGCAUAUUGGUGGAAGGGAUCUUUAUAGGCAACUACCAUUGCCACAUCUUUCCUUCUCUGCCUCCUGAGCGCCAUCUUUAAUUGCCAUAUCUUCAAGUCUCGAAGAAUUCGAUGUUAACUGAAGUAUUCACUUGUCUGGUUGAAAUAAAGCCUGUUUCUGUUGUGA